AAUCGCUAAGUGGUUGGACUGUAAGACGGCAGCACAGAAAUGAAUCUGACGUAAUGUACCAGUUUCCUGCUCGGUUUACUCUUCAGGCUGGUCAAGUAGUUACAAUCUGUGAUGCAAGAGAAGGUUCAGGCACAGAUCCUGAUGUCCUUGUCUGGAAAUCCCAGAAGUCGUGGGAAGUUGGAGAGAAUAUAAGCAUUGCGCUCCUCAACGCUGAUGGCAAAGAAACUGCAGAAGGAAAGAUCACCUAUGUGGAUAGAGGAGAAGGCGAUGGAGAAAUGGAAGAUGCUGCUGAAGAAAAAGAAAUGGAGCUUCAUGGUCAGAACAACGAAAGCCGCAGCUGUCCCAUAAUGUAGCCAAGAGAGGACACUGACUAUCUGCAGAAGCUUCUCCAACCGGAAUGGUGCACUAUGACCAGCCGUGAAGACCAUGGAACAUGUAAGCUUUUGGCAGGAAAGCCGUACUGGGCCUCCUUGGAAAAGAGAUUCCCCCGUGAUGGUGGAAGUCGUCCUCUGGUGUGUUGGGUCUUGCCUUUUUCAAAGUGGCAUCCAGUGGUCCUCCGAAAGGCAAAUUGCAAAGUACUCUUCACGAGCGUACGUAGACUUAAGAAGUCAAAGGAUGGCAGGCCAUGUCUUCUGGACACUUUAUUAUCUUACAGCAGUUUCUCAAAUGGCUCGAGGCGGCUUUUUAAUCCUGCUUGGAAAAGCAAGGAGAGCCAAACCUUAUCAACUUAAUACAAAGCACAGUCCUGCUGAACUGAAUGGCAGGGCUCCACUUAAGAUGCUUUUAGAUCAGCUUCUAAUAGCACCUAAAAUGGCUUAAGCCAAAGAGUCAGGAGUGCUCUCCGUUUCUCUGCUGACCGAGACCUGCCCCGCCUCCCGCAUAGAUACAUGCAGAAACGUGCAAAACCGCUUAAUCUGACUCUUGUGACAUUGAGGAAGAUUUGUCUUUAGUCCUCCUUGAUCGCUCGGGAAGCGUCCCAAUGUGUAUGCCCAUUGACGAGAGGAGCUGUUUAGCUUCAGUUAACAUCUAGCAGCAACAUAAUGCUGUCUUUCUUCUUCUCCUUUUUGCGACACGGUUGCAAUGUUGCCAUUCUGGUAGUUUGACUUCUCGAAGCCGUCUGUAUAGGGAAACUUUGGGCCAGGGCUGGUCAUUCAAGAGGGAGAAGAGUGCAGGGGGACUCUGACCUCUUUCUUUGCCCCAUGUAAACUUAGCCUGCAGGACAUCCUUCAGCGGGAUGCAGAAUUGGGAACAGAGAAAUGCCAGGGGUGUUCGUUUUGGUGCCUGCCCUUCUUCUCCCAAGCCCGCUCUGGACCAUAUCUGGAUGGGGGCAGAGGGGGUGUUGGAUUUUGAAGCUCAGGGUUUAGUUAGGGCUCUUGCAUUUGUUAAAGAUCAAGAGGUGUGUACCUCUUGUAGGAUGGGUUGUUUCAAUGAAACGUCUUGUUUUUCUGCAAGGGUUCCUUUCAGUCGGAUUUCUUUAGCCCCGGAUAUUUUAAAACAGUUAGCUCAUACGACAUUAUUAAUAUCACGCUUGGCCUCUUUGAUAUUUUAGCAGACCUAAAACAUUUCAUUGUGGCUUUUUCUCCCACUUGGGUGGGAACACGCCAUUUCUAGUCUUGUGUGAAUUUAGAAAGGAAACAAACCAAAAUAUCCCUUGCAUCUCUUGCUUUCUGUUAAAGGUAUCUCCUCCCAUGCAGUUAAUAACUCUUUAUGGCUUUCAAAACCAACUACUUUGGGGUUUUGGUGUUACACUGUGUUUUAUUUCAAAGAACUGUAGCAACCAGAAUUGGAUCCACCUUCCUUCCAGGUUUUUACUGUGCUGUAUUUAAAGCAAAU